ACACAGGCGGUCGCCAUUUAUUGACGUGCGUCGCAUGACAGGGUUGCUUUGCGGCAUUAUUAGCAACACACUGAAACCUGUUUCAGUAGUCGAGGACUUCGUUAGCAGAAGUGCUGUACUUGAAGAAAAUGCCGUUCUUGAAGCUUUUCUUCCGCUGGAUGCAAGUGUCGGGAUUGUUUCCAUAUCUCUUCGGUGAUCUUCAAAAAGACGUCCCACUCUCCCGUGCUCUUGAUCAUCGUACUGAACCGCAACUCGAGAAAAACAGCCAAACUGCAGCAGAAACUCCUUCCACUGGCGUCUUAUUUUUCAGACCGCAAACUCAGCUUAGGAAACGUUAUUUUGAUUACAUGGAAUGUGCUGUACAUAGCUGCGUUUAUCGUAACAGUUUAUAUGAUGAACACCCAUCUUAUGCGUUUGAAACGCGACUAUGAUUGGUCCACCACAUCGACGAUGUUAUCGGUUGUGCGUCUGAAGAAUUAUCAAGUCACUGCCACGAUGUUCGCCGCUAUGGCAUUGGCAGCCAAUGCGGAAAUUGUCCCGCAAAGCUUGUUUUUGGCCACUCUGUUGCGCGUUCGACGACUGUUCCAUCGACUACGGAAGGAGGUGCGCCAGUUAGCCCAACGAGCCGAUAACACCUUAACGGGACUGGAUAAUAUCGAGUUGAAAUAUCGACACCUGCAGCUACUAAUCAGCGCCACUGACAGAGCAUUUUCCUGGUUUCUGUUGAUCACUUUCAUUAAGGAACUCAUUAGUGUGGCGGCUGUAUUUGGCUACUUAGUCACGCUUUUGGAUACCGGGAAACGGAGUCUAACCGAAAUCGUCGAUGAAAGUGUCGUGCACAUUGUAGGCGGCGUCGGGGUUGCCAACGCCAUUAUGAAGUACUGGAUCGGGAUUUCUUGUAGCGAAGAGGCAUCGUUAUUUCAAGAGCAGCUUUUCGAGACCGGGACCCAUUUCUACGGUAAACCAUUGCAAGCCAAAUUUGAUCGUCUGCUGGAGCUAUGCAGCAUGCACGAUCGCGCCGUUACCAUCGGCGGAUUUUUGCGAAUCGACAAGCAAUUUGUACCCGCGUUGGCCGGAAUCGCUUUGGGUUAUGGAGUGCUCAUCUACCAGACGCACGAUAUGAAAAUAGAUAUGGAGACGCUGAUGUUCAAAGUCGAAACUCUGACAUCUACUUCGCAAAUUACAUAUGGUGAUGCAACAAAUCUCACCUUACCUGGAUAG